GCUCAGCUUUGCCAGGAGCCUCAGCAGGCAGGCACAGCCAAAGCAGGAUGAAGCUUUCCACGGGCAUCAUUUUCUGCUUCCUGAUCCUGGGCGUCAGCAGCCAGAGAUGGGGUACAUUCCUCAAGGAAGCUGGUCAAGGGGCUAAAGACAUGUGGCGAGCCUACUCUGACAUGAGAGAAGCCAAUUACAAAAAUUCCGACAAGUACUUCCACGCCCGGGGCAACUAUGACGCUGCCAAAAGGGGACCUGGGGGCGCCUGGGCUGCUAAAGUGAUCAGCGAUGCCAGAGAGAGUAUUCCGAGACUUACAGACCUUUUCAAGCAUGGAGACAGUGGUCACGGACUGGAGGACUCGAAGGCCGACCAGUUUGCCAAUGAAUGGGGCCGGAGCGGCAAAGACCCCAAUCGCUUCAGACCUCCUGGCCUGCCCGACAAGUACUGAGCUGCCUCUCACUCUGCUCAGGAGACAGGGCUCAAGCGAGUGGAGACAGUGUUGAGCUA